AUGACAACGAUGUUCGUCCAACUGCGCCGCGUGGUGUACCUGUUGGUACUUCUGCAGUGCUGUGUGUGUGUGGCAUAUGCGGAAAGUGUUACGCCUUCCGCAGAACCCGAGGAAAAGGAUAUUUUACAGCGAACGAAAGAACUGAAAGCUAAGAUGAAUGAGGAAAAAAGUAAGACAGAAAGUGUAGCUGCUUCACUGAGGAAAGCAAGGGAAGAGUGCAAUGCAGAAGUACAGCGUGCCCAGAAUGCAGCAAGCAAAGCCCAUGAAGAUGAAAAACUUAUUAUGGAAGCUGAUAUACCACAUAUUAUGGGUAUGACUGAAAAUGUGAAUGAGAUAAAGAGUGAAUUGAAAGUGGCGGUAAAGAAGGCAGUAUAUACAGUCAGAGAAGCCACUGAUGCCGCUAACAAGUCGUAUUUGAUAGCUAAUAAAACAAAAUUUUUCUCGGAAGAAUUUUUGCAAAUGUCAAUGCAGUUGAAAUCCGUGACAGUAUAA